AUGAGCUUCGGAUGGAGUAUUGGAGAUCUUAUCCAGGGUGCCACCAUUGCCUGGAACAUCUAUGAGAGUGUCGCUGAUGGUCCCAAAAGUGCAAAAAGCGACUUUGCGGCCUUCAAGGAAGAGUUCUCCGUCGUCAAGGGUCUGCUGGCCCAGUUAGAAGAUGCUCACGGCAAAGAGACCGCCUCAGGGGCUCACCUGGGAUCCGGAUACACCACGCUCGUCAAGGACUGCACCCGUUUCAUCGACAAGCAUAAACGCCUCGCCCAACAGUCAGAGUCGGUCACCGCCUCGGCGCGGGUUCGCAUCCUCUUCCAACAAGUCACCUGGCCCCUCGAACGGGCGGAGGCUCAAAAGCUGCGCGAGGAUCUCAGCCGUUAUGUGAAUAUUGCGGUGAUGAAAAACACGGAGCAGGCGCGCCUGGAUAAUCUGGAAAUGCUCCGGACUCUGAAGACGAUGAGCAACCAAGUUUCUAUCCUCCUGCGGCUGUGUCUACCAGAUAUGAAUGAUAUGAAUGAUAACAACGCUUUGAAUAUGCAUUUCCUGGAGCAACUUAAACAGCGCUUGCUGCUUCACGACAGUUUCCCCGCUAUCGAAGAGGAUGUACUCUGGUCGCCUCAUGGACGACUCGAAAGCCCGGCAGCUCUAGACCGUAUCCAAGGUACUUCACUGAAACUUGACCAUUUGCUGAUGCGCCGCAAUACCAGUCUAUCCGUCUCAUCGCCCAGCCACCGACAGUUCUCGCCGAUCCGCAGAGGAACUGUGGAGACCAUCGAUACCGAUGCAACGAUUGAGCCGCUGGUUGGCUUUCUGAACAAAAUCGGCGGGGAUGUCAAGGAGGCGCUUGGGCAGGCAGGUCUCGACUCCGACGCCGUGCCAGGUCAGCGCGCCUUUCAGACUCUUCAUCACAACGAGGAGACGCAAUCAUUGAGCAAUGUUAUGCAAGACUGGGAGAAUUUUAGCAGCUGGCUUGAAUUCCAGCAGAUGCAUUUCCCUACCACCAAGCCGCCAAGGACUGAAGCAGAGCCCCCUCCCGGAAAGAAAGCUGCAAAGACAGCGAGGUCACCACCGCCCGUCAUUCCUCCAUCUCCUGAUCCCGUGAUAGAGCCGAGGCAGCGCAGCUACGGAACCCCAGUGGCUACAAAUCAUCCGAUCGAAGUUGUUUUCCCGCAUCCUGUUUCACCCGACAAGCAUCUCCAUCGCGCCAUUGCAUGCAAUAUAACCAUCUUUUUCAAUUCGUAUACACACGAGGCCGAGUUCCUAGAGGCCACGGAAGUGGGUGGACAAGCCAAAGUGACGCAUCUGAUGUACGACCAGCAGCCCGGAAAGUCAGCACAGACCUCUUUGAUUCCGUACAUCCCGAGCCGGCAGGUAAAAGGGGGCACAGCCUCACGUCCAUACCGACUGUACUUCCAAGGUGGUCAUCGAUACAAGAUCAACAAGAGCGGCAAGAUCGAAAGAGGGUAUAUCUCGCCGGUCUAUGUCUGUCACGACCAAGAAGACUUCAUGACCUUUCAAAGCAUCUUGCUAGGCUGUAAAAUCACAUUCGACGCAGACGUGUGCCGCAUCGAGACCGACGGUGGUGAUACCCAUUGCGACCUCGAAACUGUCCGUAUUUUAGAGGACCCUGUGGCCAGCCGUCGUAGCAUUGUCUACUUUGCCUCUCAUCGAGGUGGACGGAUGUUGCCUGGCUUCAUGGACUGGCAAGUGGCCGAGUUUGACGAUCCUAAGAGGAGCAAAAAGUCCCUCAAACUUCCAUUGCGGCAGGGGUCGUUAAGCCGCCGCUACUCGGUGGAAAGCACCAUGACGACCUCGUCUCACGACUCGCGCACGUCCAAAUCCGGCAAAUCCGGGAGAUCCGAUCCCAUGCGGUUCAAGGCAUUGCACUUUGUCUUCCACAACGAGAAGGACCAGACUGCGAGAGAUUUGAAAAGACAUUGA